AUGGUCCUGCCUCAGAAACGCUCUCGAGUCGCGCUGGCGUGUAAUCCAUGUCGAGAGCGCAAAGCUCGCUGCAACGGUGUCAAACCAAUCUGUGGGAGGUGCCAGCGGCGAUGUCUGACAGAGACUGAAUGCAGCUAUAUCCCAAUUCCCGGUAGCUCCAGGAAUGCGAGCCAGGAAGAGUAUGUUUCUCACGGAAAACGCUUGGGCCGCAAGCUGAAACCGUUCUUUAGGUAUAUAACCCACCUGCAUAAUCGCAUUCGUCGCCUCGAAAGCGAAGGGAGGUCUAAAGAUCAACCCAGAUCGUCAAACGGACGAGAUGAGGCAACAACAUACGAGGGGCAAUGUCUUCCCUCACCAUCAGUUCCAUCCAAACCUAUUGCUCGAACCGAGGAUCUUCCCACAUCGCCUGAAUCAACGGGGCUCCGGACGAUGUUGACACUCGAGACCCCUUCCUACUCGGCAGCCACAGAACAUAACGUAAAUGCUGAGUCCCCGCGAAGCGAUGAAGCUUCCCCUACAGCAGGCGUCGAAAGCCAUCUGAGAGCGAUGGGUGCCGACAUAUCGGGCAUCCCGCCAGAGAGCCCAACAGAGUCCUUCUACGGAUCUUCUUCCAUAAGUUCACUCCUCGCACAAAUCCAUCGAAUCACAGACCAAAGCAGGAAGAGUAGCCUCAGUCAAGCACAUGUCCUUACCAUACCCCAGCCAGCACAUAGUCGUGCCGUAUCAAUAGGAUGCCGAGACACUAUGUCCGCAUCCCGCAUCCGUUCUUUCUCGCUUCCACCACGACAUGUUGCUGAUCAUCUGAUCGACCUGUACUUCACUGGCGUGCAUUGCUAUUAUCCAUGGCUACAUACACAGAGCUUCUUACAUUCAUACAACCAACUGUGGACACCUGGUGACGAGCAACGAGAAGAUGCACAUCUUCCUCGAGUAGGGCUUGGAGGCCGCAACUGUCCCAGAGCCGUCUUCUACUGCGCACUCAACACGAUAUUUGCAUUGGCAUGUGAGUUUUCGGCCUCGACCGAAGACAAAUACAAGGAUCUGAGCACCGGAUUCAUGGACCAUGCAUACGACCUGCUAAGACUAGACACCCUUGAUGAUGCUGAUCUAUCUGGAGUUCAGACUCUUUUGCUUCUAGCUACUCAUCUGCAAAGAACCCAGUAUCCCAUGAGGUGCUGGAUAGUCAUUGGAAUUGCUCUUCGAAUUGCUCAGGAAAUUGGAUUGGAGUGCACUCUUAACAAUUCGCACCUUUCUUCGCUCGAGGUUGAGAUGAGGCGUCGGACAUGGCAUGGCUGUAUGCUUCUAGAUGCCCUUGUGAGUAUGACUUUGGGACGUGUGCCGACGCCUCGCCCGGAGUUCAAGGUCCCCCUCUUCUUGCCGAUCGAUGACAAGUUUCUCUCGGCCUCCUCUGCAAGAAGUACUCAGCCGGAUGGUAUAUUCUCCCGGUCAGCAUUUGCUGUCGAGAAUGUCAAGUUGGGAGAGAUAAUUUGCCAAGUCCUGAAGAAGAUAUAUGGUGGACGUCGAGCAAACCACUCCGCCGAUGAUCUUACGGCCACUUUGCUGAGUUUUGAUUCCAUUCUGCAACUCGAGUCAUCUAUUUACGGAUUUGAAAGAACCAUCCCACCCGAACUGAAGGGUGCCUGGAGUCUGGGCGGCGAUCAUACGGAAGAUGCUGAUGCUCGGAUCUUGCAAUGUCAAAGCUUUGUGCUUCGUGCUCGGCCAGCAUUUUGCGACUUCUGCAGGUCCAGUCCUGUCACGGAGCGGCGAGAAGACAGUGGCAAUAGCUACAUUUCUGUGCAAAACGAUGAACGAUCCGACACAAUUUCAACCUCCUUCAAAGCUCGGUGUGCCACGGCUUGUCUCGAAAAUGCAUGCAAAAUUGUGGAGUUACUCAAUGAAGCCUGGCCAAAGGGUCUCUUUGGCGCUUGGUGGUACGGUGUAUUCUGUACGUGUAUCUAG